AUGGGUCACCCAGAAAUUUCCCGCCCACAGCCUGUGCAUACAGAUGAAAAGCGUUGGACCGUCAAGACUCUAUCACAGAGGCUCAGCAUACAAUUCUCAACAACUGAGCGGCCUCCUUCUCGUGUCUUUCGUCCCGGAACACCCAACUCCUGGAGAAGUCAAGGAGAGUGGGAUGCCUACUCUGCCGCCAGCGAUAGCAGACCCAAUACACCCCAGACGUCCAUCUCAUCCAGAGAUUCCAGCGUAAGCGGAAGACGCAAGACAAGCGGAGGCAGAAGUACUCUCAGCCAAGAUGAUGGCCAAAUCGAGAAGCCGUCAAAGUUCGUCACCGACUACGGCUGGCCGAUCCUCUCGGACCCCCUGAACCCCAACAAGAAGCUCACCCCGUGGGAGCUGACGAUGCAGCGAAUUACAUUCAUCCUCAUCGUCUUCUGCCUCAACAUCGCUCUUGCUGCUGUUGCAUGCUUUGGCAACACCGGGUUGGCCACACUCGUCUUUAUCUUGUUCGUCAAGUGCAAGGAUUUCCUGUCCUCGCUUCUCUCGCUCAUCUACCUCAUCGGAACAUCCAUCUACAAGCACUUUCGCCCUCCCGCACCUGUUUCUCAACGAUGGAUCCUCUCGCUGAUUCCAGCUUACUCGGAAAGCGAAGAGCAGCUCAUCAAGACGGUCUACUCUCUCCGCGACAAUGGCUGCGAGCCGCACAAACAAGUCAUGUGCAUCGUCCUGGAUGGAAAGCCGCGAAACAUCAAGCGCGAGUUCUCCCGUAUCGUCGUCGACAUUGAACGCCCCUACCAUUCUCUCAAGUACAAGAAGGGCACACUCAAAAUCACCGCCGGCUUCAUGCAGGAUGUGCCCGUCAUCGUGAUCAAAAAGGUCAAGAACAGCGGCAAAAAGGACUCCCUCAUCCUCACCCACGACCUCUUCGACGCCCCCCGAGACAAUAUGCCCACCUACACCCGCCUUCUCCGCGAGGAAAUCUGGCGUACUAUACUCCCACCCCUGACCGAGGGGACCGGCUUCAAGAAUUUUGACAUGGUCUUCUGCACCGACGCCGACUCUGUCAUUCACCAAGGCUGCGUCGCUAAGCUCGCCAACGCCCUCGCCCGCGAAAAGAACGCCAUCGCCAGCUGCGGCAUCGUCCUCGUCGAGCUCGAGCCUGGAUACGAGUGGUCGUUUUGGAACCUCUAUCAGCAGCUUCAGUACACCUUUGGACAGUUCGUCCGGCGUCGCGCAGAAGGCUUCAUCGGGAAAGUCACCUGCCUUCCAGGCUGCGUCACCAUGGUCGCCGUCCGCGAGGAGAUGGCCGCAGCCAUUGCCAAAUACGCGCGCCCCGUCAAGGAAGACUGGGUCGUCCACCAUCAAGUCCAGAACCUCGGCACCGACCGCCGUCUGACGUACUGCAUGCUCAGCCAGUCUUCCAAGCUGCAGACAAUCUUCGUGCCCGGCGCCGUCUCCGAGACAGUCGCGCCGCAGUCCUUCAAGCACUACGUUCACCAGCGCCGACGAUGGGGUUCCAACGCCUACUUCAACAACUACUUUUACUGUGGCGGCGAGAACAUGAUCCUCAUUACGCGGAUUGCUGCCGCCAUUGAUAUUGCCCGGCAGACGCUGGUGUACUACCGCGUCCUCAAUACCAUUCUCUUCAUCCGCGCCCUCAUCCAGGCUUUCAACCCUUGGGAUAUUCUCCCGCUGCUUGUGGUGGGCCAGUUUCCUGUUAUCUGGUUUUGUGUCUGCUUGGCCGUGGAGCCAGCUCUGCGCCAGCGCGCCCACAAGAUUAUUCUCGGAUUCUUUGUCAACAAGUUCGUCUCGCCGUUUAUGUCCAUCAUCAUCUUCUCAGCUGUUGCCAAGAACCUCGGUAACGCUGUUUGGGGCAUGUCUGGCGUCACCGCAUCGUCUGCUGCACCGCCUCCCGUUCCCAAAGACAAGCUCUCAGAGGCAGAAGAGGGCAAAGGUGGCGCUGAGAGGCCGGAAAGCCCCAUCUCUCGGCCUCCCUCGCCGCCAGAAGUGCUCUAA